UGUAAUGUUAAAAUUGUACAAGGCAUUGGUAAGGCCAAAUUUGGAGUAUUGUGUACAGUUCUGGUCACCGAAUUAUAGGAAAGAUGUCAACAAAAUAGAGCAAGUACAGAGAAGAUUUACUAGAAUGUUACCUGGGUUUCAGCACCUAAGUUACAGAGAAAGGUUGAACAAGUUAGGUCUUUAUUCUUUGGAGCGUAGAAGGUUGAGGGGGGACUUGAUAGAGGUAUUUAAAAUUAUGAGGGGGAUAGAUAGAGUUGACAUGGAUAGGCUUUUUUCCUUUGAGAGUAGGGGAGAUUCAAACAAGAGGACAUGAGUUGAGAGUUAAGGGGCAAAAGUUUAGGGGUAACACGAGGGGGAACUUCUUUACUCAGAGAGUGGUAGCUGUGUGGAACGAGCUUGCAGUAGAAUUGGUAGAGGCAGGUUCGGUAUUGUCAUUUAAAGUAAAAUUGGAUAGGUAUAUGGACAGGAAAGGAAUGGAAGGUUAUGUGCUGAGAGCAGGUCGGUGGGACUAGGUGAGAGUAAGCAUUUAGCACGGACUAGAAGGGCUGAGAUGGCCUGUUUCCCUGCUGUGAUUGUUAUAUGGUUAUAUAUAGUGAUAGUUUCUUCAUUUGUCUGGGUUCUGCUUUCGUUUGUUUAGUGUUGUGUUCUAUUUUAUCAGAAUUGCAUACGUUCACCUGGAGUGCUGAAUCUUGUUUUCGAAAGUAUAUCCUUAGAUGUUAUCUGUCUGUUGUAACUUUCUACGUCUGUUAUUCUUUUUCCUUAUUCUGUCCUAGGUAGUGUCAAUCUAAGUGUGUUCGAGUGUACCUAGUGUUUUCUGAAAUUUGUCACUUCAUUGUAAGUGUAGGAUGCUCUGGAGGAUGAACACGGGGCUGAGGAACUGGAGUACGGGGCAUGGUUUCAGAUUUCAGGAUCAUUGGGACUUCUGGGACAGGUGGGACCUGUACAACAGAGAUGGGUUACACCUGAACUACAGGGGGACCAAUAUCCUUGCAGGGAGGUUUGCUAGUGCUGUUGGGGAGGGUUUAAACUAGAUUUCAGAGGGACGGGAACCAGAGUGCGAGAGCAGAUAGUGGAGCAGGGGUGCAAAUAAAUGAUGUUAAAAGUUCAUGCAAAGUCGGAAAGAAAAGUGUUGUGUGGUGGUAAUUAUCUCCUGAGGUGUGUAUAUUUCAAUGCGAGGAGUAUUGUGGGGAAGGCUGACGAGCUGAGGGCCUGGAUUGUCACGUGGAAUUAUGACAUGGUAGCCAUUAGUGAAACUUGGCUACAGGAGGGGCAGGACUGGCAGCUCAAUACUCCAGGGUUCCGAUGUUUCAGGCAUGAUAGAGGCAGAGGGAUGAAGGGGAGGGGGGUGGCAUUGCUAGUCAGGGAAAAUGUUACAGCAGUGCUCAGGCAGGACAGAUUAGAAGGCUUGUCCACUGAAGCCAUAUGGGUGGAGCUGAGAAACAGGAAAGGUAUGACCACAUUAAUAGGGUUGUAUUAUAGACCACCAUUAUCGUAUUAUUACUGUAUUAUAGUCUGUAUUACUAUAUUAUACUAUAUACUGUAUUACUGUAUCAUUACUGUAUUAUAGUCUGUGAGAAUUGGAGGAGCAAAUCUGCACAGAGAUAGUGGACAACUGCAGGAAACAUAAAGUUGUGUAAGAAGGGCAUUUUAAUUUUCCACAUAUUGAUUGGGACUCCCAUAUUCUUAAAGGUCUAGAUGGGUUACGAUUUGUAAAAUGUGUUCAGGGAAGUUUUCUAAAUCAAUAUAUAGAGGUACCAACUAGAGAGGAUGCAAUAUUAGAUCUCCUAUUAGGAAACGAGUCAGGACAAGUGACAGAAGUGUGCGUAGGGGAGCACUUUGGGUCUAUUGAUUAUAACGUCAUUAGUUACAACUUGGUCAUGGAUAAAGAUAGAUCUGGUACUCGGGUUGAAGUACUAAGCUGCAAAAAGGCCAAAUUUGAAGAGAUGAGAAAAGAUCUAAAAAGCAUGGAUUGGGUCAGGUUGUUCUCUGGCAAGGAUGUGAUUGGUAAGUGGGAGGCCUUCAAAGGAGAAAUUUUGAGAGUGCAGAGUUUGUAUGUUCCUGUCAGGAUUAAAGGCAAAGUGAAUAAGAAAAAGGAACCUUGGUUCUCGAGGGAUAUUGGAAAUCUGAUAAAGAAGAAAAGAGAGAUAUAUGACAGGUAUAGGCAACAAGGAGCAAAUAAAGUGCUUGAGGACUAUAAUAAGUGCAAGAAAAUACUUAAGAAAGAAAUCAGGAGGGCUAAAAGAAGACGUGAGGUUGCUUUGGCAGUCAAGGUGAAGGAUAAUCCAAAGAGCUUCUACAGGUAUAUUAAGAGCAAAAGGACAGUAAGGGAUAAAAUUGGUCCUCUUGAAGAUCAGAGUGGUCGGCUAUGUAUGGAACCACAAGAAAUGGGGGAGAUCUUAAAUGGGUUUUUUGCAUCUGUAUUUACUAAGGAAACUGGCAAGAAGUCUAUGGAAAUAAGGCAAAUAAAUAGGGAGGUCAUGGAACUUAUUCAGAUUAAAGAGGAGGAGGUGCUUGCUAUCUUGAGGCAAAUCAGAGUAGAUAAAUCCCCAGGACCUGAUAGAGUAUUCCUUCGGACCUUGAAGGAGACUAAAGUUGAAAUUGCAGGGGCCUUGGCAGAUAUAUUUAAAAUGUUGGUGCCAGAGGAUUGGAGGAUAUCUCAUGUUGUUACGUUGUUUAAAAAAGGCUCUAAAAGUAAUCUGGGAAAUUAUAGGCUGGUAAAUUUGACAUCAGUAUUAGAUAAAUUAUUGGAAGGGGUACUAAGACUUAUUAGGGAGAGUCAGCGUGGCUUUGUACGUGCUAGAUCAUGUUUAACCAAUCUAUUAGAGUUUUUUGAGGAGGUUACCAGGAAAGUGGAUGAAGGGAAGGCAGUAGAUGUUGUCUACAUGGACUUCAGUAAGGCCUUUGACUAGGUCCUGCAUGGGAGGUUAGUUAGGAAGAUUCAAUUGCUAGGUAUACAUGGUGAGGUAGUAAAUUGGAUUAGACAUUGGCUCAGUGGGAGAAGUCAGAGAGUGGUAGCAGAGGAUUUCUUCUCUGAGUGGAGGCCUGUGACUAGAGAUCAGUGCAGGGUCUAUUGUUAUUUGUCAUCUAUAUCAAUGAUCUGGCUGAUAAUGUGGUCAAUUGGAUCAGCAAAUUAGCAAUGAUACAAAGAUUGGAGGUGUAGUUGACAGUGAGGAAGGUUUUCAAAGCUUGCAGAGGGAUCUGGACCAACUGGAAAAAUGGGCUGACAAAUGGCAGAUGGAGUUUAAUGCAGACAGGUGUGAGGUAUUGCACUUUGGAAGGACAAACCAAGGUGAAUGUACAAGGUAAAUAGCAGGACACUGAAGAGUGCAGUAGAACAGAGGGAUCUAGGAAUACAGAUACAGAAUUCCCUAAAAGUGACAUCACAGGUAGAUAGGGUUGGAAAGAGAGCUUUUGGUACAUUGGCCUUUAUAAGUAAAAGUAUUGAGUAUAAGAGUUGGAAUGCUAUGGUGUGGUUGUAUAAGGCAUUGGUGAGGCUGAAUUUGGAGUAUUGUGUGCAGUUUUGGUCACCGAAUUACAGGAAGGAUAUUAAUAAGGUUGAAAGAGUGCAGAGAAGGUUUACAAGGAUGUUGCGGGACUUGAGAAACUGAGUUACAGAGAAAGGUUGAAUAAGUUCGGACUUUAUUCCCUGGAACGUAGAAGAAUGAGGAGAGACUUGAUAGAGGUAUAUAAAAUUAUGAUGGGUAUGCAAGCAGGCUUUUUCCACUGAGGCUAGGGAGAAAAAAACCAGAGGACAUGGGUUAAGAGUGAAGGGGGAAACGUUUAAAGGGAACAUUAGGGGGAGCUUCUUCACACAGAGUAGUGGGAGUGUGGAAUGAGCUGCCAGAUGAAGUUAUAACUGCGGGCUCUCUUUUAACAUUUAAGAAAAACUUGGACAGGUACAUGGAUGAGAGGGGUAUGGAGGGGUAUGGUUCAGGUGCAGGUCAGUGGGACUAGGCAGAAAAAUGGUUCGACACAGACAAGGAGGGCCAAAAGGCCUGUUUCUGUGUGUAAUGUUCUAUGGUUCUAACAUCCACAGCCCUACCAUCACCUUCAACACUUCUUCAAAACUCUAGUGAGACAUCAUCUGCCCUGCACAAAGCUACUCCACUGUCCUUAAUUAUGCCAUAUUUUUCCAAAUGCAUACAAAUACUAUUCCCAAGAAUUGCCUCCAAUAGCUUCCAUGUGACUUGAAGUUUAUUGGCUAUAAUUUACUGGAUUCACAUUUCUCUUCUUGAAUGAAGGAGUAAGAUUAGUACUCACCAUUCCUCAGGGACCUUGCCUGUUAUUACUGAGGAAACAAUACACAAUUCAACAGCAUUCAGUAUAGAUUUUCAGCCUUUUGAUACAACCUGCAAAUGGUUCCCCAUCUCAUCACAUGCCCAAAGCUGUUUAGAAAAUUUUCACUUUCAGCCUGUUCCAAUACUUGGACUUGCACAUUCUUCCUUGCUAUAAUUUUGCUUCAAAAAUUUGUUUAUCCACCUUCAUGAGUGCUUCUGCUCUACAAUAAAAUGCAGCUGCCUGGAGAAGUCCUUAAUGAUAUACUGAUCUGACCUGCAGCACUGGGUUUAGUCAUCAACGAUGCAAAAAGUUUUUAGGCUGUUGACUCACAUUAGGGUUAGGGUUAACUAUCUCUGAAAUUUACCUGUGAAAUCAAAUCCUAUCAAAACUAUAAUAAAAGAUAGAUCGGCUGGCUUCAACCUUUCCACUUGACGUUAAAAAGAACGUUGUUAGUUGCUCGCAGUCCUCACAAAAUUUCAUGAAAAACUACUGGUUGUUUAAAUUCACAGUACAAAAUUCCAGGUUUUUUCAUCGAUCAGAAGGCAUGUUAACUCUACACUCUAAAAUAUCUCAAUUUCAGGUCAAACAUAGACAAAGACAUCUUCCUAACCCCUCCAGUGCUCCCUCAUCUGAUGAACAAAAUCUGUAAACAGCAGCAAUGGGUUGCCUGACCAUCCACAAGUCACAAGCCUCUACUUCCUCAGGAGUAAGUGAAGAUUUGGCAUGUCAUCAAAAAGCUUGACUAACUUCUAUAGAUAUGUGGUGGAAAGUGUGCUUACCGGCUGAAUGCUGGCCGUGAUACAUCUAUGUAAGUUUUUAAGUAUUUUAGUUGACAAACCAAAUCUCUUCAAAUUCCUGAUGACAUAUAGCUGCUGUCUUUCCUUCUUUAUAGCUGCAUUGAUGUGUUGCGACCAGGUUAGAUCCUCAGAGAUCAAUACCCAGGAACUUGAAAUUGCUCACCGUCUUCACUUCUGAUCCCUGUGUGAGGAUUGGGAUGUGUUCCUUCAUCUUACCCUUCCUGAAAUCCACAAUCAGCUCUUUCAUCUUACCGACAUUGAGUGCAAGCAAGAAGGCAAGAUGUCCACCUUACAAAAGAACAAGAAAGCAGAUUAGUAAGCACAAAGUACACUGCAGAUGCUGUGGUCAAAUCAAGACGUACAAAAAAGCUGGAUGAACUCAGCAGGUCGGGCAGCAUCCAUUGAAAGGAGCAGACAACCAUGGUUGAUGCACUGUGGCAUCUACGUGACAUCAUGUUAUGAGACACUCUAAAUAUUUGGCAUGCAUACAGCCUGGAAUAAUGUCUGAAUCCAUUUGACAUUACCACCAUUUAUUAUGAUGCAAGAAUACUGUGGAAAGUGUGGCUGAGAAAAGUGUGUUUUAGAACCUGCGGGGAAAAUGUUAGUACAAAUUAUUUUACUGCAAUUCUUGUAUGGUCAAAUUGAAUUUGUUUUUAUAAAGACUUUUUUAAAUAAACUGUCACUGGAUAUUUCAAUUUACUAUCGUUAGACUCUGCUGCGGUCUUAUGAAAAAACCCUAUUAUAUUUCUGCACUGAUUCUAUCCCUUGUAUUGAAUUCAGUUUAAU